AUGAAGAAGGGUCCGCCUGUAAGCAUCUAUAAUGAAGUGACUAGUGCAAAUGGUACAGUUGAAUAUGUGAUAGUUUCUUAUCGUCGUGAAAAUGAAAAUGUACCAUAUCUUGAUCUUCAACAAACAAGAGAUUUUUACGAAAAAGAUGUUGGUACUUCAAUUUUACCAUGGAAAAGAAAUAUAUCAUGGUCUAACUUUAUUCAAAUAUUAAAAGUGUUUGUAUUAUCAGACACUGUUCCACAAGAUCGAAAUACAACGGAUCGUGUUUUCAAUCUAUUGGAUUUAGAUCGUAGUGGUAGUAUUAGCAUUGAUGAAUUACAACGGUUUUUCAAAAUAUUUAAUUUAAAUUGUACAAAUACAUUUCUUAAGGAAUUAAUUAAACAGUAUGAUGAAAAUAAUAAUGGAAAAUUAGACAAAACGGAAUGGUAUCAAUUAAUCACAUCGGGACGUAGUAGACGAUUAAUCGAAGAAGCCUACAAACGAUUACAUGAUGAAUAUCAAAUAUAA